UUUACAAAACCCUAAUUCUGUUUUUUUUUUUUCCUCUCUUGAAACACAUUCUUCACACAGGGGGCGUUCGUCUGAACAUUAUGCGAAUAGAGGAUAAAGUUGUUGCCAAAGGGCAGAUUUGUUCUACAACAUAUGCAUAGGCCCCAAGCCUCCCUAGUUGUGUGUUGGGGCUUUUCGUAGUGAAAUUUGGGUAAAUUGAAGCUGCCUCUUUUGGAUGGUUAAAGUUUUAUAAUAACUCACCUGAUCCUUCAAGAGCCGUGGAGCUACUUCAAGAAUUUGUGAAAUCUGGUCCUCGAAAAGAUCUUUGGUACUUGUUGUCACAAGGGAAAUAGCAACCAGCAUCAUCAAAACAUAAAAUGGCUGAAGCAUCUGCAAAGUUGAAUAAAAAAAUGUUAAAAAAUCAAGAUCUCAAAAAGACAUCCAGUAGUCCCAAGUGCCAAUUGUCCAAGAAACCAAACAGAAAAGGGGAAAAUCCCAUUCGCAUUCUUCCUAUUACAGAGUCAAUUGGUGAUAAAAAGUUUUUAGAUACAUGGAUCUGUAAAAAUUCUGCAUGUAGAGCGGUUCUAUCUGCAACUGAUACAUUCUGCAAGAGAUGUUCUUGCUGUAUUUGCCACUUGUUUGAUGAUAACAAGGAUCCCAGUCUCUGGUUGGAAUGCACAUCAGAUUCUUCCAAUGGGGAAUCUUGUGGUCUAUCUUGCCACAUUGAAUGUGCUUUACAACACGGAAAAGUAGGGGUUGUUAAUCUUGGCCAAUUGAUGCAGCUAGACGGGAGUUAUUGUUGUGCUUCUUGUGGUAAAGUUUCAGGGAUACUUGGGUUCUGGAAGAAGCAAUUGGUUAUUGCUAAGGAUGCACGGCGUGUUGAUAGCCUCUGCUACAGGAUAUAUUUAAGUUUUAGACUUUUGGAUGGCACAUCAAGAUUUCAAGAACUCCAUGAUAUUGUUAAAGAGGCAAAAACUAAAUUGGAAACUGAGGUAGGCCCACUGAGUGGAGUCUCGGCCAAAAUGGCCAGGGGCAUCGUAAGCAGACUUGCUGUUGCAGGUGAAGUUCAAGCACUGUGUUCAAGUGUGAUCGAAAAAGCAGAUGAGUUUUCUGCUACUAUGUCUAUUAGGAACUCGAAAAACAGAGAAGGUUCACUUCCAGCAGCCUGCAAGUUCAUCUUUGAAGAUGUAACAGCUACGUCGAUAGUGCUAGUGUUAAUUGAACUAUCUACAGCAUUUUCCUGUGAUAUUCUUGGAUUUAAGCUUUGGUACUCAAAAACGACAGAGACGUGUCACACAGAAGAUCCCGUUAAAACAUUCCCAAGAUCUCAAAGAAGGAUUUUGAUAUCCAAUCUGCAGCCUUGUACGGAAUACACAUUUAGGGUUGUAUCCUACACUGAAACCGGAGAUUUGGGCCACUCAGAGGCCAAGUGUUUCACCGGUAGUGUGGAAAUAAUUCAUAAGAACCCAAGUUCAAUUACAGUACCUCAUAAUGAAGGAACCUCUGGUACAAAAGAUGUUGAAUCUGACUCAGGUUUUAAAGUUCGAGAACUAGGGAAGAUCCUCCGGUUAGCUUGGGCUCAAGAACAUGGCUACUUCGAUGGUAUUCAAGAUGUGACCUUCAGUGAACCUAAUAAAGUGGUCAAACCUGAAACUCCAUUAGCUGAUGAAUUAUCAUCUCCAGGUGGGCUUGAUUUGAAUGUUGCUACUGUGCCUGAUCUGAAUGAAGAGAUAGUGGUACCUGUCGAAUCCUUUAGGGAUGAAGGUAAUGUUGAUCCCGAUAACGGUAGUGGUGAAUCUGAAAACUGGGCCCACCAUGUUUCACAGAUUGAAGUGUCUCGAAAAAGGCCAGCUAGUACAAAUGAAGAGACACAUGAUUGUGAUAGCACUCUAAUUAACAGCUCACCGUUUGGGGCCCGCAAAGGAGGACCUGGUAGCUUGGAUGAAAACUUUGAAUAUUGUGUGAAAAUUAUCCGCUGGCUGGAGUGCCAAGGGUAUAUUAAGCAAGAGUUUAGAUUAAAAUUGCUUACUUGGUUUAGUUUGAGAUCAACCGAGCAGGAACGCAGAGUGGUCAACACAUUCAUUCAAACCCUGAUCGACGAUCCAUGUAGCUUGGCUGGACAGUUACUCGACUCUUUUGCUGAUAUCAUAAAUAUCAAGCGGCCUAGAAAUGGUUUCUGCAGUAAGCUGUGGCAUUAAAUGUGGGAGUAUACACCGAAAAAAUAGUAAGAGGCAAUUUUUUCAUCAUGGAUAGGGGAAACAAUCUAUAGAGGGACACAGUUCCUGAACAUCUCUGGUCAGAUCCGUAGGAUAUAGGGAGUUUAUUUUUAUAUUACGGGCAUUACUUUCAGAACUUUUAUUUAAAUUUCAAUUAAAAAUAGUCAUUUUUUUAGCAAUUAGUUCUGUAGAGAUCAGAGUUUUAUGUACUUGCCUUCUGCUAGUUACAGAAGCAUUUAUCAUUUUAUCAAUGUGUUGAGGUCCAUUUUCUUUGAUAUUAUCAAUUUAGCAAUGCCAAUUUAUCAUUCAGACUUA